UCAAUCAUCAGUUUCCAGUUAUUUCUGAUUCACUCUCUUCGAAGCUCUACUCUACCAAACUCACUAAAAAUGGCACCCAAGGCGGCAGAGAAGAAACCGGCAGAGAAGAAGCCAGCGGCGGAGAAAACCCCCAAACCGAAGGCGGAGAAGAAGCUCCCGAAGGAUGCGUCGGCAACUGAUAAGAAGAAGAAGAGGAGCAAGAAGUCCGUAGAGACGUACAAAAUCUACAUCUUCAAGGUUCUGAAGCAAGUUCAUCCCGAUAUCGGAAUCUCAAGCAAAGCUAUGGGGAUCAUGAACUCCUUCAUCAACGAUAUCUUUGAGAAGCUCGCUCAGGAAUCCUCUCGCCUUGCUAGGUACAACAAGAAGCCAACAAUUACUUCAAGAGAAAUCCAAACCGCCGUCAGACUUGUUCUUCCCGGUGAAUUGGCCAAACAUGCCGUCUCUGAAGGUACUAAGGCCGUCACCAAAUUUACCAGCGCGUAGGUUUCUUUCGUGGUGGCUUAAUUUGGGGAUUUUGUUAUGUAACAGUUCUUAGUGUAAGGCAUUGUAAUUUAUUAAAAAAGUUCUGAAUUCAGUAACAA